GUAGCUGGUUUACUGUCAGCUGUCAUAGUGAUGAUCGUCACAUUGGCUAUUGGAUUCCUACUGGAGCCCCUACCAAAGUCCGUGCUGGGCGCCGUGAUCAUCAUCAAUCUGAAGGGCAGUCUGAUGCAGUUCAGAGAGAUCCCAUAUCUGUGGAGGAGGGACAAAGCCGACUGUGUGGUGUGGCUGGCUAGCUGCAUCGGUGCCCUCUUGCUGGGGCUGGAUCUGGGACUGGCUGCCGGCCUCGGUGUGGAGCUGAUCAGUGUCAUCCUCAGGACUCAGUUGUGA